AUGUCACGUGUACCAUGCGGUCGUAUAUGUCAUCAAGAAACAAUGGAUGUAAUCCUACACAGUUACGCAAGAGGAUCAUUUGGCCUAGUGGUACACGAUCAAGUUGUCAAAUCAUCGGGAAUGCUUCAUUCAAAUCGUCAGUUGUUAUUUAUAUCAUAUAUCGAGAAGAAUUCUCCAGCUGAAAGAUGUGGAAUAUUGCAAGUUGGUGACCGAAUUUUAGCCAUCAAUGGUUGGAGUAGUUUAAAUGGUACAGCCGAGGAAGGAAAUCAAAUUCUGAGACAGUCGACAAGCCCCCUUACUUUAGUCGUUGAAUUUGAUGUGAUUGAAAGCGCCUUGCCGUCAGAUGGUAUUUUCGAUGUAAAACUAGCUAAAAGAGGCAACAAUCUUGGUAUUGUAGUCAAAAGUGAUAUGGAAAAUAUCAAAGGUGAACCAGUUAUUAUAUCAGAAGUGCGUAUAGGAAGUGUUGCAUAUCGAUGUGGUUCUCUUCAUAGUGGUGAUCGUAUUUUGGCAGUGGAUAACAUUGCUUUAGAUUCGUGUACUGUUGAAGAAGCAAUGCGUUUACUUCAACGUACAUCUGAUAUCGUUAAAUUACGAGUUCGUAAAAGUGCUCCUUUUGAACAGAGUAACCAAGAAACAUCACAAAAAUUGGUUUAUUCGAUUGAAUUAAAUCGAAAGGGUGGACCACUUGGAAUCACAAUUGCGUCUAGUGGUGAACAUUAUGAACCAGUCUUAAUAUCAUAUCUUGCACCAGGUGGAUUAGCUGAAAAAACAGGUGCAAUACAAGUCGGUGAUCGAAUUUUAGCAGUUAACAAUGAAUCUGUUUUGGGAAUGAAAGCAGCUGAUGUUAUGCAUUUGUUACAACAAAGUACAGAUUUUGUCACUGUCAAAAUUAUGCGUACUACAAGUAAUACAACCACUGGUCCUUCACGAAGCUUGUUGCAACCACCAAAUCCUACACAAACUGAUCGAACUCGGUUGCACCAUCAAUGUGCACCAACGUCUGAUUCAAUCAGUGACAAUAUGGAAAAAAUAGGUAGCAAUACACCAGUUCAAAGCAUUGAUAGCGCUGUGGAAAGUUUGGAUGAUUCAACGGGUAAUGCAACUAAAUAUCAAAGUAGUGCUCAGAGAUACGUUAUCGAUGAACAAAUGCCUAAUACUUCUUUAAAUUUUGGUUUGUUUGAACUUAUUUAUCAUACUCGAAGAAGAAAAGGAAAAAAAAACAGUGCAAUUUCUUGGUCAGAUCAAGGACUAUGGGAAAACAGUACGUAUUUAAAUAAUAGGAAAUCAUCUUCACAGCGCUGUAAUUGUCAGAAGAAUGAAGAUUUGGAACCAUCAAAUUGGAUUGAAGUGCUGGAAGCGUUAGAAACUGUUGGAGAAGCAGCUAUGCUUCGGAAAUUAGAACAGUGCACAAGUGGUUGUAAUUUAAGUCCAGCAUAUACUCAGGGUAGUCCUUUGAUGACGAGAUACCACGAGCCUUCAAUUGCCCAAUGUUCUGAUUUAAGAUUACCAUAUGGAAAUAUAUAUAGAAGACAGCCAUAUUCUUUUAAUUCAUCAAGUGCUGCUGUUGGUAAUACCAGUGCUUCUGUAGUAUCACCUUGCACAAAUCUAAAAUUUUCGAAAUUCGGAAUUGAGCCUAGUAAUUAUUCAAGUUUUGAUCGAAUGGAUUCAUUAAGCCUCUCAAAUGAUUCCCAAACGAGCACUUCACUUGGUGAUAUACCAUAUCAUAUGGCACCUCAGAAACCAUCUCGUUACGGUGUCAAUGAACCUCCUCAUACACUGCCUGUUUUAUCCGAGCCAUUUAACGUUAAUAAUUUGUGUGAUAUUUCUCCUUAUUCAGUGCAUGAUUUAUCAACGCCAAAAACCGUUAAAUCAUCACCUCCACCUACAACACUCGUACUUCAUGAACUUAGUAGCAAAACAUUUGCACCUGCCACUAGUGGUAAAACUCAUCGCGUACGAUUACGCAAAGAUCCACGCACGAACAGUUUUGGAUUCAGUGUUUCAGAUGGCAUCGGUGAUAAUGCUGGAGUAUUUAUAAAUGAAAUUUUACCCGGAGGUCCAGCAGAUCAGUGUGGGCUUAUUUCGCCAUAUGAUAAAAUUUUACAAAUUAAUGACACAUCUCUACAAUAUUUGGACUGUGAUUUAGCUCUUCCUUUGCUCCAAGUAGACGAAAUUGAAUUGCUUCUUUAUCGAGAAAUUUAUAUGCCAAAGAAUGAUGCGCGAGAAAAUUUCCGAAAUAGUCUUAACUUGAAUUUACGUGAUUCAGCUGUUUGA